AUGGAUUCGGCGUCUGUGCGGGAAGAAGCCAUGGGGGUCCUAUUUGAACCUGGAAAAAGAAUGGCUCGUAUAGAUCCUGAAAUCCUAGAGCCCGCCGACCUGGGGCGAGUGCUCUCAUUUUACCAACGUCUUAAUCAUAUUGGUUUGCGCAUAUCCCUAAGCCCUGAGCUUAACAUUGUAUUUGCGAUGACGCAAGCUAUCUCACUACUGUUACUGGAAGCUUCCAAGUGGGCCUCUGUGGUGGAGCAAUAUUUCUUUAACAACCCGGAUGGCACCUUUCACCGUGACCUUAUAUUAGCAGUGCUGAAUAACAACAAGGUUUCAGCAGCUGCUCGCGAAGAUCCUCAGAGUCAUCUCUGGGGAUUACCAAGUUUGUCGACAUUUUCAAAUCAAGAUCUGGAGGAUGGAGCCUGUGAUUCAGUUGAAAUCCCAGCGCUAGUUGAAGCAACUUCUGCAGCCUUCGUAAAAGGUCGAAGAAUUAUUGACGGUUCGACAAAGUGGUGCCAAAGCAGGAACCCAAGCAAGAACCAAGCAGGAAUCCAAGCAGGAAUCUUCGAAGAAAGCUGGCCACUCUCUGAUACCAAGCAUGGAAAAGGGAAGCAGUGGUCCAAGGGGUCCGGUGGCAACAAGAGGCGCAACAAUGAAGACAAGCAAGCUAGAAAGUCGAACUCUGAUGGUCAAAACAGAGUUGCUGCCUUGAAAGCUACCGAAUACCUUGAGGUGGCUCGCGACGAUGUUGAAACUUUUGCUCUCAAUUUGUUUUCUGAUUCUGUCUGGCGCACGCACGAUGUUUCUUUUCAUACGGUCCCAAGUGGGGAUUGUCUGGCCUAUUUUGGUGAGGAAAAGGUUGGUAGGGUUGGCGGUGCCAGAGAUGCCAAGUCUCACAUUUGUGCCAACAUUGUUCCGGUAAAGUUUACUAGGAAUAUCGUACCUCCAACUGGAUCUUUCAAGUUCUCAGGAAAUUCAAUUGACUGGGAUCAGAUUUGCAGACAAGGACCAGAAGCUAUGAGGAAGGUUGAUAAAUCAGCCUUCGCGGUUGGAAAGGGACUACCUGUCCUUUCACAGUCUCUCAAAUUUAUUGCAAAGGAGGCCGUGUUGAAUUCGCAGGCACUUGACUGUCAUGUUCGUUUUGCUCAUUGCUCUUUGACUUCGGUGAAACAUUUAGCCAAGCUUGCUGAUCCUCCCUUUGAGGUGACCAAGCGUGACGAAGAAUUGAUCAAGGACUGUGUCAUAUCUUCUGAAUCCACGGCUCCGUUAGCCCAGAUUCAUGCUGAUCUCGUCGGUCCCAUAGGUCCUGCCUCUUCAGGGGCCAGGUACAUGCUGAAUAUCAUUGAUGCAUUUUCUGGUUACAUCUAUGCUUUUGCUCUGGAAUCUAAGGAUGAAGCUCUGGGAAACUUAUCCAGUUCUUUAAAAGCAAGCCUUGAUGCAGUCGAAUUGGGCCAAUAUCUACUGGGAUCUGCCUGGCUCUACGCUGUGCAGGUAAAUCCAGAAAGCCUUUGCCCCGGGAAACCCUCAGUCGCCCCAGUGGUGGCUCAUCAAACAAGCCCGGUGACUCUUCCCAAACAACUACACAUUUUGGAUGAGGAUGACAGUGUGGAUCUUGCGCUGUCUGGAACUGCUGAACUUACCCGCGAGGCUUCAGCUGUUGAAACCGCUAGCCAAUCUGGUGAUGACAAUCAGGAUGCGGUUGACUCGAAACCAAUGAUGAAGACAUGGAUGGGUCUGGAACAUAUACUGGGUUUCGACGAAUUGGAAGACUCAUCAGAUUCUGAAUUUUCGCCCAGCGACGUUGUCAUGGAUUCCUCUACCAAGUUGGAGGAAGCUCCUGCGAGAUGUCGGGGUGCCCGCAAAGGUUUAGUGACACUCAAGGUACUGCCAAGGGGCACAAAUAAUCCUGCCAACAAUCAACUGGCUUUGGCGGCGGCGGAACUUGUACGGGCCACCACCGAGCUAGUAGAAACUACGACGUCUGCAAAAUCGGUCUGCCAGAAUGGCUGA